GAAACUGCGCGGAAUUGAUUCGGAAACUGCCCAGUCAGCAAAGAAGGAAAAGGCAUUGUUUUAUUGUUUUUCAUUGUGACGGUGGUCUGCGAGUGUUUUUUGUGGUCCAGUUAUUGUUUGGCAGACGCCCUGCAGCCUGCUGGUUUCUGUUUUGUAUACUGAAAGGUGAGUACAACAAAAGAAAUUGUGUCCGAAAGGGUUACAAGCAAAGCCCACCACUGCCAAAAGUGCUGAUCCAGGUGAAAUCGUAUCUUCUACGGCCAGUCCUCCUGUCGUCAGCAAGAUUCGUUAGCAGUCUCGGGCAGCAUAGUGAUUGUGGCGGAAUCAUUAGAACAGUGUGUUGCAUUUCGGAUAGUGAAAUUGGUGUAAAAUUCUGCAACCAUGGCGGAAAGAUGCCUUCCGUGUAAGGUUUUACAGCCGCUGACGUCAUUCGAUCGCGACUACCUCAAGGAUAACCUGUACGACACGAUUUGCGUGAUCGAUGGCAACCAGGUUCCGGCCGUUCUGGAAGGCUGCUUUGCCGCUCGCAGAGCAUUCGACGAGGCUUUUGAUUGCGAAACGAGUUGCUUCAAGUCGGAUGCUUUGAACUGCCGCGUGGUCUACGCUCCUGUGGGGGAGUUGACUGAUUUUGAUGACGUUCGUCGAUAUAGCGAAGCCGCUGCAAAGGCUGUGGACCGUGCGAUCAAGGCUGGAGCUAAGCAACCGGUCAUCGUUAUUCCAACCAGCAAGGACUUUGUGGAGGCUGGACUAGUUUCGGUACUUGGCGCGUUAGCGAAACUGUAUGUCCCACUGCAACUGCGUGAGGAUGUCCCGGAGAAGAUGAUGCGCUUCGAGAAGAUUGGUUUCUACCAUCACGAUCAGGCCAGACUGGCGAAUAUUCUAAACGAAGCUAGAGCUUUCGAAACUGGUCGUUUUGUUGCACGUGAUAUCGGUGGAGGUGAUCCGGAGCGUAUGGCUCCCCCACGUGUUGAACAAUAUGUCUACAGUGGGGUGUAUGAUAGAAAUCUGAUCCAUAGCUCUGUAAUUUCCGAUCACACCACCAUGGUGAAGGAAUAUCCUCUGUUUGCGGCCGUAAACCGGGCAGCUGUAAGUGUCCCCCGUCAUCAGGGACGAUUGAUAUUCUUGGAGUACAAAUCAAACAGUCCUACGAAGAAUACUUUGAUUCUGGUCGGAAAGGGUGUCACUUACGAUACCGGUGGCGCCGAUAUCAAGGCUGGAGGUGUAAUGGCUGGUAUGAGCCGGGACAAAUGUGGAGCGGCUGCCGUUGCCGGAUUCAUGAAGAUCGUAGAACAAAUGCAGCCAGCGGGAGUGCACGUGAUCGGCGUUUUGUGUAUGGUGCGUAACUCCGUGGGGGAGGAUUGUUAUGUUUCGGAUGAAAUGAUAACAUCCAGGGCAGGGGUGCGGGUUCGCGUUGGAAAUACCGACGCCGAAGGACGCAUGGCCAUGGCAGAUGCGCUGUGUCAGAUGAAAGAGCGUGUUCUAAAGGAAAAAUUGCCAGAUCCGCAUCUGUUCACGAUUGCUACCUUGACGGGGCAUGCCGUGCUGGCUGUUGGAAAUCAUUCAAUUGUGAUGGAUAACGGUCCGGCCAAAGCAUCCGGUCACGGGCUACGGUUGCAGAGCGAGGGCGAAAAGAUUGGAGAACCAUUUGAGAUUUCCAAUCUCCGCAAGGAAGACUUCGAUAUGCACUCGGGCAAGUGCUACGGUGAGGACGUGCUGCAGGCCAACAAUCUUCCAUCCAGCAAAACCUGCAGAGGACAUCAGAGUCCCGCUGCAUUCAUGAUGCUUUCCACCGGUCUGGACAAGCAUGGUCUCAAGUCGGAAACACCGAUCAAAUAUUCGCAUCUUGAUAUCGCCGGCAGCGCCGGAGACAUUCCGGAUCCACCGACCGGUGCUCCGAUCCUGGCCCUGGCCCUUACCCAUCUCCUGCGUUGAGUAAUUCGGUACCCACAUCACAUGUAUAACACUAUAUUCAUCACGUAAGUAGCGGAUCCAACCUAUGCUGAGAAACGCUUAUAGUUACUUGUCAAUUUCCCCUGUCGCCGGCGGGCGACGUUAAAAUCCAGUUAUAAAUUGUACUUAUUGAGCAAAGCGAUAAAUGCGAAGCAAAGUGAACAUCAUCACACAGUAGUGAAAUAAAGAGACCACUUUUGUUUUACAUCGAA